AGAAAAGAAAAAAAGAUGGUUAUUUAUCGCAACAUUGUUCGUCGUUUUUCGUUAUUAUCCCGUUUGCAUGUCUCAACACCUUGUUUUAGUGCAUUGUCUUCAAAUGCGUUGCCUGCUGUUCUUCCUUUUGGAAGAAAUUCUGUGAUGAAAAUAAAUUUUAGAAAUUAUCGAUUUACUUCAAUUUUGGGGGGAGAAGUUGUUGAAGUUUCUGGCCCAGCAUUUGCUGAAUCGAUAUCGGAGGGGGACAUUCGUUGGCAAAAAAAAAUUGGAGAUUUUGUUAAGGCAGAUGAGCUUGUGGCGGAGAUAGAGACAGAUAAGACAUCUGUCGAAGUUCCCGCUCCUUUUGCUGGAAAAAUUGUUGAAUUUUUGGUUGAAGAUGGUGCAAAAGUGAUCGCUAAACAAAAAAUUUAUAAAAUGGAAAAGGGUGCUGAAGGUGGGGCAGCUGCUGAAUCUCCAAAAGAAAAGCCAGAAGUAAAGAAAGAGCCGGAAGAAAAACAGGCAGAGCAAAAACCUUUUGAUGCUCCAAAAAAGCCUCCACCUGUUCCAGAAUUGCCUAAAGAGCCAAUGGAGUCUAAACACGUUUCUGAAAUUAAACCUAAAGUUGUGCCGCCAAUUUCACAGCAACAAGCAUUUCAGCCAAAAGGGGACUCAACAGGAAUAAUUGGAGGGAGUCGUUCAGAAACUCGUGUAAAAAUGAAUAGAAUGAGACAACGUAUAGCUGAGCGAUUAAAAGAAGCACAAAAUACUAAUGCAAUGUUGACUACUUUUAAUGAAAUUGAUCUUUUCAAUGUUAUGCAAAUGCGUAAGAAAUACCAAGAAUCAUUUACCAAAAAACAUGGUGUUAAACUUGGCUUAAUGUCUCCAUUUGUUCGUGCAUCAGCUAUUGCUUUGCAAGAACAACCUGUUGUUAAUGCUGUAAUUGAUGGAGAGGAAAUACUUUAUAGAAAUUAUGCUGAUAUUUCUAUUGCUGUUGCUACACCUAAAGGUUUAGUUGUGCCAGUUUUGAGAAAUGUGGAAUCUUUGAGUUAUUCUGAUAUUGAAAAAUGCUUGGGAGAAUUGGGAAUAAAGGCUCGCGAAAAUAAAUUAGCAAUAGAGGAUAUGGAAGGUGGUACUUUUACAAUUAGCAAUGGAGGUGUUUUUGGAUCAAUGUUUGGCACGCCUAUAAUAAAUCCACCUCAAUCUGCGAUUCUUGGAAUGCAUGGAAUUUUUGAUCGUCCAGUAGCUAUUGAUGGAAAGGUUGAAAUUCGUCCAAUGAUGUAUGUUGCCCUCACUUAUGAUCAUAGAUUAAUAGAUGGAAGAGAGGCUGUUACCUUUUUGAGAAAAAUUAAGCAAUAUGUUGAGGAUCCAUUAACUAUAUUGCUAAAUUUAUAAGUGAACAAAGAAUAGAAGUAUUUUUGAUUUUUAGGUUUUCUUUUUUAAUAUUUCUCGUUUAAUUUUUUUUUGAGAAAGGAAUAAAAUAUGAAAAAAAUUUUUUUGAAAUUUUUUCGAUUUUUUUGUUGUUUUUAAAAACAAUUUUAAAUAUUUGAAUAAUUUUUUUUGAGGAUUUUAUUUUUAAUUUUGUGUUAAAUUUUUUUUAGAUUUUUUUUAUUAUUUUUAAAAAAUUGAAAGACGUUGAACAACAACAUAAAUUAAUUAUCAAAAAAAAUAAAACAACAACUACAUUUAUAAAUUUAUUAUUUUUAAAUUUGCUACUUGACUCUGUGCUUUUAGUGGUAUUUUUAUUG